AUGGAUGCUUCAUUGUCUCCAAACCCAUUCGAUCACCAGAAAACAGAGCCUAAGAAAAGCUUCAUAUCCUCACUCAUCACUCUCCGUUCUAACCACUUCAAAGAAGACACUUACUUCGUCUCUGAGCUCAAACCCUCCGAGCAAAAGUCACUCCAAGAACUCAAAGAAAAGCUCUCAGCUUCGUCUUCCAAAGCCUCUUCUAUGUGGGGAGUCUCACUCCUCGGUGGAGACGACAAAGCUGACGUUAUCCUCCUCAAAUUCCUCAGGGCGAGAGAUUUCAAAGUAGCUGACUCUUUGAGGAUGCUUGACAAGUGUUUGCAGUGGAGAGAAGAGUUCAAAGCAGAGAAAUUGACUGAAGAAGAUCUGGGUUUCAAAGAUUUGGAAGGUACAGUUGCUUACAUGAGAGGCUACGACAAAGAAGGGCACCCAGUGUGUUACAAUGCUUACGGUGUCUUUAAAGAGAAAGAUAUGUACGAGAGAGUGUUUGGUGAUGAAGAGAAGCUUAACAAGUUUCUUAGAUGGAGAGUUCAGGUUUUGGAGAGAGGUGUUAAGAUGCUUCAUUUCAAACCUGGUGGUGUCAAUUCCAUUAUUCAGGUCACAGAUCUUAAAGAUAUGCCUAAGAGAGAGCUUAGAGUUGCUUCUAAUCAGAUUCUCUCUCUUUUUCAAGAUAAUUACCCUGAAAUGGUUGCUACUAAGAUAUUCAUCAACGUGCCAUGGUACUUCAGUGUAAUCUACUCAAUGUUCAGCCCUUUCCUGACUCACAGAACAAAGAGCAAGUUUGUGAUGUCCAAAGAAGGAAACGCUGCCGAAACACUCUACAAGUUCAUAAGGCCAGAAGAUAUUCCAGUGCAAUACGGUGGCCUUAGCCGUCCUACUGAUUCGCAAAACGGACCGCCAAAACCUGCGUCUGAAUUCUCCAUCAAAGGCGGUGAGAAAGUUAACAUUCAGAUAGAAGGCAUUGAGGGUGGAGCAACCAUAACUUGGGAUAUAGUAGUUGGAGGAUGGGAUUUAGAGUACACUGCAGAGUUUGUUCCAAACGCAGAAGAGAGUUACGCGAUCGUGGUUGAGAAACCGAGGAAGAUGAAAGCUUCAGAUGAAGCUGUUUGCAACUCAUUCACAACAGUAGAAGCUGGGAAACUCAUUCUCUCUGUUGAUAACACUCUGUCUCGCAAGAAGAAAGUUGCUGCUUACCGUUACACUGUCCGGAAAUCUACUACAGCGGUCUAAAAAAAACUGUUUCUUUCUUUCUUAGUUCUUACUACUACUUUUUUGGGUGUGUUGAGGGUUUUUCUUUCUUUCCUGGGUUUGGGGUACUAGGGUUUGUUUGCUUGCUCAACGGUCGUGUUGAACCCAAUAUCGAAGAGAUCAUAUGUAUAAAAACAAUGAUUGUAUGAGAGAACAUUUGAUGUUUGAGCUUAAUAUUUUUAACUAUAGAUUGAAAUCAAUGUAGCAAUCCUAGAUUAUAUACG